AUGGUCAGGCUACGAGCUUCUGGCCUUGGUGGUCUGGCGUCCCUGUUGCUACUGUCUUUUGUAGAUGCCUUUUACAUCCCAGGAUACUCGAUCAAAAGCUACAAAACUGGCGAGCCGGUGCCUCUCAUGGUCAACAAAGUCUACUCCGACAGCACCCAGCUUCAGUAUGCGUACUACGACCUCCCAUUUGUCUGUCCUCCGUCAGAACAUACCAAAUCUCUUGGUGGCCUGCUUAGCGGCAAGAACGUGCCCCUCAAUCUUGGCGAAGUCCUCCGUGGCGAUCGAAUCCGAACGUCCGACAUUGAAUUGAUUAUGAAUAAGGAGACGCAUUGCAAAGCUCUCUGCACCAAGGAGCUCAACGCAGAUGACCUGCGGCGCGCCAAGGAGAUGAUCCGUGAGACCUACGUGACCGAGUGGAUCGUCGAUAACCUGCCCGGCGCCACAAGCUACGUCAGUGUCGACAAGACACGAAAAUACUAUGCUUCGGGGUUCAAGCUUGGUUACAGCGAAUUGUCGCCCUCGACUGGGCAAACCCACUACUACCUGAACAACCACCACACGAUUGUCAUUCGCUAUCGCAAGGCCCCUGGCAAGGCUGGCGACCGUGGCGAGAACAUUGUGGUAGGCUUCGAGGUCUAUCCCAAGAGCAUUGGCAAUGGAAGCAAACGCGACGCUGAGGGCUGUCCCGUCGACUUGCAGCAUGUUGAGCACGCACUAGAGCUCCACAUGGGACCCAACACGACGACAGAAACCGCGCCGCGUUAUAGCGACGAAAUGUUGCUGCAGACCGAGCGACGAUCAUUCGAUGACGAUAGUGAGUCUGGCACUCUAACUGUUCCGUACACAUACUCGGUAUACUUUAGAGAAGACAAUACGAUCGAGUGGUCCCACCGCUGGGAUCUGUACUUUGUCAACCAGGAGGAUGGUGCGCGCAUUCACUGGCUUGCCAUUGUCAACUCCCUCAUCAUCUGCGGCAUGUUGACCGCCAUUGUUAUGGUCAUUUUUGCGCGCACCGUCAACUCGGACAUCAAAGGCUACAAGGAGACGAUGGAGAGCAAGUCUCGUGGCAAGCGGGUCAAGAAAGACGUGCCCACAGGAUUAUUGGACCAAGGGGGCGAUGGUCUGGAUGCUGAUCUCUCUGAUACUGAAGAGGCUUUGGAAGAUGUAACGGGCUGGAAACAGCUGCACACAGACGUCUUUCGAGCACCUCAGCGUGGCUAUCUGCUCGCGCCACUCGUGGGGUCCGGCAUGCAGCUCCUUUUCAUGGCCCUGGGGCUGGUGUUACUCAGCGCUCUGGGAUUUUUGAACCCCAGCUUCCGUGGUGGUUUCAUCAGUGUUGGUGUGGGCUUAUUCGUAUUUGCGGGCGUCUUUUCAGGCUACUUUUCCGCGCGUGUGUUCAAGAGCUUUGAUGGCAAAGACUAUCGCAAGAACGCCAUGGUGACAGCGCUGCUGUUUCCUGGGCUCAUGUUUGGGCUCGUAUUCAUUGUGAAUUUGUUUGUGUGGGCGCAGGCCUCCAGCACGGCCAUUCCAUUUGGCUCGCUUGUUCUGAUUGUGGUCCUGUGGCUCUGCUUCCAGGUGCCGCUGGUGUACGCUGGCGCGUACUACGGCUUCGUCAAGGCUGGUGGGUGGCAGCAUCCCACCAGAACCACGACUAUUCCUCGUCAGCUGCCGAACCACGCAUGGUACAGCAAGUCGAUGCAGGCGGUGCUGCUGGCGGGCUUGAUUCCAUUUGCCGUCAUCUUCAUCGAGCUGCUUUUUGUGUUCCAGUCACUGUGGCAGAACAAGAGUGGCUACUACUACAUGUUUGGCUUCCUUGCAGUCGUGUCGGUGAUUCUGGUCGUGACGAUUGCUGAGGUAACGGUCGUGACCAUUUACAUUCAGCUGUGCUCGGAAAACUACCACUGGUGGUGGCAAUCAUUUUUCGUGGGCGGCAGCAGCGCCGUCUGGAUCUUUGCAUACUCUGUGUGGUAUUACAUGUUUAAGCUGCACAUUACAGGAUUUGUGAGCAGCAUGCUGUUUUUUAUAUACACGUUGAUCGCGUGCUGCGUGUACGGCCUCUUGACGGGCACGAUUGGCUUUUUGAGCGCCUAUGCAUUUGUGAGGCGGAUAUACAGCGCCAUCAAGGUCGACUAA